UAGAAUUAUAAUUCUAAUCUGAUUGUGAUUUUCAUAGUAAAAACAAAAUUUUAUUUGAGUUGACAUGGGUGUUCCGAAGUUUUUCCGCUAUAUCAGCGAAAGGUAUCCGUGCCUGAGCGAAUUGGCGCGCGAGCAUAGCAUCCCUGAGUUCGACAACCUAUACCUGGACAUGAAUGGCAUCGUCCACAACUGCUCCCAUCCGGAUGACAACAACAUACACUUUCACUUGGAGGAGCAGCAGAUAUUUCAGGAUAUUUUCAACUAUGUGGACAAGCUGUUCUACCUGAUUAAGCCACAGAAACUUUUUUUCCUGGCUGUGGAUGGUGUUGCCCCGCGGGCCAAAAUGAAUCAGCAAAGAAGCCGCCGCUUCCGCUCUGCCCGCGAGGCUGAAAUGCUGGAGGCCAAGGCCCUGCAAAGAGGAGAACGUCGGGAGCACGAGCGUUUCGAUAGUAACUGCAUCACGCCAGGCACUGAUUUCAUGGAGCGGCUGCAACAGGGUCUCCGCUGUUUCCUCAAGACAAAGAUCUCCACAGACCCACUCUGGCAGAAGUGCUCUGUGAUCCUCAGCGGCCAGGAGACGCCCGGCGAGGGUGAACACAAGAUUAUGGACUACAUACGCUAUAUGAAGGCCCAGCCCAACUUUGACCCCAAUACCAGGCACUGCUUAUACGGCCUGGACGCGGAUCUCAUCAUCCUGGGAUUGUGCACACACGAGCUGCACUUUGUGGUGCUACGCGAGGAGGUCAAGUUUGGAAGAAAUGCAAAGCGGGCUUCCGUCGAGGAGACGCGCUUCUUCCUCUUGCAUCUCGGCCUGCUUCGGGAAUAUCUCGAGCUGGAGUUCCACGAGCUGAACACCGCUCAACAUAAGCUAGAUGUGGCCCAGCUAAUCGACGACUGGGUCCUUAUGGGCUUCAUGGUCGGCAACGACUUCAUUCCUCAUCUGCCCUGCCUGCACAUCUCCUCCAAUGCCCUGCCGCUGUUGUACAAGACGUACAUACGCAUUUACCAUUCCCUUGGUGGCAACAUCAACGAGCACGGCAAGCUGAACCUACAGCGACUGCAGAUCUUCAUGACGGCUCUCAGCGAGGUAGAGCUGGAGCAGUACAAGGAGCACGCCGACGAUCUAAAGUACGCGAAUGGCAAUACAGAGGCCUUCGACAUAGACGUUGGAGAGAUAUCCUCCUCCAAAGACUACGAUUCCGACCUGAAGGCCCUGAUCGAUGACAGCACACAGCUCUACAAUGACGACAGCGAUGAGGAUCUGAGCGACGAAGAGGCUGGCGUGUUAAAAGACUUCCAAAACUACAAGCGUAACUAUUACCGCAACAAGUUCAAUCUCAGCUCGCGGCCACCGAAUCAGCUGAUCGAAGAGUUGGGCCACCACUAUGUGACUGCACUCCAGUGGAUCCUGGACUAUUAUUACCGCGGCGUGCAGUCGUGGGACUGGUACUACCCCUUCCACUAUGCCCCCUUCAUCAGUGACCUCAACAAUAUCGCGACUGUCCAGAUCAAGUUCCAGCUAGGGACGCCUUUUCUUCCCUUCGAACAGUUGCUUGGUGUUCUGCCGGCAGCCAGUUUCAAGCUCCUUCCCACUGCCUACCACGACCUCAUGCUGAAACCGACCAGCCCCUUGGCGGAAUUUUACCCCACGGACUUUAAGAGCGAUCUCAAUGGCAAGAAAAACGACUGGGAGGCCGUCGUACUCAUACCCUUCAUAGACGAGUGCCUACUGCUCAGCGUAAUGCGGGCGUGCGAAGCCCAUCUGUCGACCGCAGAGAGAGCCCGAAACAGGCACGGACCGAUGUACCAGUACGACUACAGUCCCCAGGAUGUGGGCUCGAUGCCAGCCCUGCCCCCGCUGAAGGCUCUGCAGCACGUGAACUGCACAGAAGUGGCCCGGUGGGCCGGAGAGAUUGCCCUGAAUCUCCCCCAUAGCGUUUGCGUUGAAAUGCCGAAUGCAGCGCGCCACGUCUUCUUCCCUGGCUUUCCCACUAUGAAGCAUCUGGCCUUCAAUUUUGAGCUGCGUCACGGUCGGGUGAAAGUCUUCGAGCAAGUCAGCCGCAACCAGAAUAUGGUGCUGAUGCCACGAAGACAAGCGACGGAGGAUUCCUUGGAGGCAGUGGCUGCACGAUACUUGGAACAGGUGGUGCACAUUGGAUGGCCCCAUCUUAUAAUGGCCAAGGUUGUGAAGGUCGCCACGCGUGAUCAGUGCAUCGACAAGGAUGGGAGGUCCUCGAACGAGUCGCGACGCUUCGAUGCGGAGUGCAAGGCGUUGCAAGAACACUUCAGUACGCGCAUGGGGAUACAGUUCGACAACUACGACGUUCUCGUGUACGCGCGUACCUACGCGGGAAGCUCCGUCGAUUUCGGCGCCAAGGGCACCGUGCACAUGAAGGAUGCCUGGAGCAGCAGUAUUACAGAAUACCCGGCUCAGGGCGUGGUAGGCGAGCUGUCUGUGCAGAAGAACAUGCGCCAGCAGUUCUCCAAAAUAGAGCAACUCUUUCCCGCCGGCAGCUUGGUAUUUUUCAUCGGCAGUCCUUAUUACGGCAGCGAGGGCACUGUGCUGGACCCACUGCUCGUCUAUAGCUGUGGACGCAUCCAGGUCUGUAUUCGGGUUCAUCCCGAGCCGAACCUGGAGGAGGCGCGUCUAGAGCAGGAGGAACGCGACAAGGACUAUAUGAACACCUUCGACGUCUGCCGGCAGCUGAACAUCAAUGGAAGAGCCCUGGGCCGUCUGACCGGCACCUUCUGGGUAGUGCUCGGACCGCGGCGCGAAAAGAUGGAGAACGUGGCCAAACACAACAUCGGGCUGCAGCUGAAGUUUCCCCGCCAGAACGAGGAGCGGGCCGGCUACUGCCGUCGCCUGAACAACCAGUGGUUCUACUCCAGCCUAGCCCUCGAGCUCAUGCAAAGGUACUGCGAGCGCUUCCCCGAGGUGGUCAGCUACUUCGCCGUGAGCAACGACAGGAACGAGUACUUUUUCGAACAGGACAUUUACCCGGAUGCCGUGGGCCAACACCAUAUCGAGGAUUUGGCUAACUGGGUCCGUCAGCAACCGCACAUGAAGGUGGAUCGCAUCUCCUGUGGCUCCAAGACAGUUUGCAAGGAGACCGUGGAACUGCUGAUGGGCGCCGUCGAGGAGCUGCGUUCGAUGCCCGUGAAGGAUGUAAAGCUCCAGGUGAAGCCACACCUCCUCAUCAAGCCAAAUGUCACACUGCCCGAAGUGUAUAAGUCCCGUCGCCCAGUGCGCCUGUUCGAUCGCGUCGUCAUCGUCCGCACCAUCUACAUGGUGCCGGUUGGCAUCAAGGGCACCGUCAUCGGCGUACACCCCGUCACCGACCCCAAUCCUGUGCGACUAGAGUGCGUUCAUGCCGUGGACACCUUCUGCGAGGUGCUCUUCGACAAGGCCGUUCCCAACUGCAACGACAUCCACGGCAUAGCCGAGGAGCGUGUUUACAAGAUACCAGAAAAUGCCCUCGUAGUGAUUUGUUUGAAUGAAAAUGGACAAAACCAGCAGUCAGGCCUGCAGUUUGAGAAAACGCGCCAGAGCUAUCAUCAACCCAACCAAACGAAUGCCCCGCGCAUGGAGAAGCGAGAGAAGCAGAAUCGGCAGCAACAGCAGCAGCAGCAGCAACAGCAACAGCAGCAGCAGCCACAAACGCUCGUGGUGUCGGAUAAACAGACUCUGGCUCUCAAGUCGCUGCUGGGCAUGAAUAAAGAGCAGCAGCCACUUGGUCAAGUAACUCCUACAUCCUUGCAGCAGCAGCAGCAGCAGCAGCCGCCGAAAUCUCAGUCGCAAAUAGUUCAGCGACCACUACCUGGACAAAUGCCUAAACUGCCGCAGCCUCCGAUCUUUUGGCAGAAGGAGGCUCAAAAGCAAGCACAACAAGCUCAACAAGCGCAACAGGCCAUCCACAUUCAGACCCAACAGUGGUUCAGGACUAUGCAGCCACAGGAGGUAGAUAUUCAUCAGUGCCUCCUACGGCAGCGGCCUAAUCCACCACAGCCACAACAGCGGCAUUUUCAGCAGAUGCCACCCCCCCACACUUAUCAAGUGCCCUACAAGAACGGAAACCAAUCAUGCUAUAACAACUCGCAGGAGCAUGAAGUCUACAACAACAACAACACUCGGACAACACUGGAGCACCAACAGUAUCAGACACAAUAUCCCCAGUAUCCCCAGCAUACCCAGCAUACCCAGCAUCCCCAACAUUACCACCAACUGCAGGAUAUAGCCAGUAGCAGACCUCGUUACUCGUCCAUACAGGACUUUGUGCCCAUACAGGCAUAUCGUCCCAAGGUAUCGCAGCGCUCUCAACCAAUUGGGCAAAUAGAGACGGAGACGCCGUCGUCAACAGCAGCUGGAGAAAUGAACUCCCGCCCUAGUCAUCGGGAAGAAGUACCAAACGAUGCGACUGUCGGACUGAUGCAAACACUGAAUAUUCAGCCAUCAACAUCACAAGCUGAACGUAGUACCGCCGUAGCUGCGAAGGUCGAAGCUGAUCCAGCUGCCGAUCCAGGUGCAGGAUCCACUCCAGCCCAGUUAAAGGCGAGGAAACAGCGAGUGCCUCGCAUUGGUGCAAAAUUCGACUUGGAUUACAUUAUCCAUUGA